AUGGGUUCCAAAGGACGUAUGAGAGUGUCCAAGGCAUGCGAUCGAUGUAGAACUCAAAAGAUCAAGUGUUCAGGAACCCAUCCAUGCGGAACGUGUGUCAAACACAAGAAGGAAUGUACCUAUCUGACAAACUUCUCAACGGGGGGUGGCCUUCUCUUUCCACAGUACAAGAAACAAAAGUUGAUGGUAGAACCGUUUGGUUUGCCAGUAGUGAACCGUGCCAACGACAGAGACUACAUCUCGCACUUAGAAAACAGAGUACAGUACUUAGAGAACUUGCUUUCCAACAACACCAUGAAGACAUUCAAGGAUCCACAGAUUGAAGAGCCCGAAAAUGUUGAACUUGAACUGGUGCUCAUCGCUCCAAGUAGUAAAUGGAGAUGGCUGAGACGUCACCAGAACCUUCUUCUAAUCGAACUCUGUAAAUCGAUGUACUCCAACCUAUCCGAAGAACUGAAGCAGUUGGUCACGUUACCCAGAACCCAGUACUUUGGCUGGAACAUGUCGGGGUGCCAUUAUGUCAGCUCUGAGGAGUUGCCCAAGUUGCCGGACAUCAGCGUAGAUUCUGAAAAGUAUAUCGACUUCUUCUUCCAGGAAAUCAACCCGUUGUUUGCGAUUUUGCACGAGACAGUGUUCAGAGAACAAGUCAUUGCAUACGACAAGUUGCUUCGUGAACAGUUGACAUUGAACAAAAACGUAAACGACAGAGACUCCAAAACCAACCAGACACGUUUAUUCAGUGCCAAGUUGUUCUUGGUGUAUGCUUUAUCUAUUCGGUUUCUUGAAGUUCAGAAACCGAAAGGUCCCUCCUUGGAAAUGCUCAAGAUCGAAGAGCAACUCUUCAAGUACGCAUAUAAAGUUGUGUCAAUCUUAGCUUUCGAAUGGGAAUCUUUUGAGUUGAUCCAGAGUUGGUUGUUGAUCACGUUGUACUUAAGAAUUACACACCGUCAGACUUCAGCUCACCAUGCGCUUGGUCAGGCUAUCACUAUGACCAGAGCUAUGGGAUUGGGGCAAGACAAUCCUAAACUAGCAGUUUCUACACCCUAUGAACGAUUGAAGGCCAAAAGAAUUUUCUGGUGUGUCUAUACAUUUGACCGGUUGUUUGGCUUGCAAACAGGUAGAUACUGUGCUCUCAGAGAUGAGGAUGUAGCUCGCGAGUUUCCUGAUUUCGACUUCGAAAAGGAAACCCAGCGGGAUGACUGGAUCACCAUUCCUGCGUUCGCUUUACUCCAGAUUGCAAGAAUAUCAAACUUCGUGCACACCUGUGUAAACGACCAUCCUUCCCUUAUCAAGUAUCAACAGAUAAAUAAGGAGUUGGUUAUUCUCCACGACUGGUUCAACUCGGUAGGAUUCCGCAACGACUUGCUAUUCAACAAGGGAGCGGCCCUAGAUGCAGCAGACGAAGAUGGUAACUCAACCAGAGCUAUCAGUUCCAUGGUCAAGGCUCAGGUCAAGUUGCAUUACUACGAUCUUGUAUUAUGUAUUCACGGAAAGGUGCUAUUCAAUUAUAUAGGUAGAAGAAUUACCAGCAAUGGUUUGAAGCUCGAGAUGGUGAUCGAUGCAUCGCGUGGAAUAAUUGAAGUCCUCGACAAAACCAAUAAGGCGGGCCUCUUGUAUACGCCCUGGUACUUGGUUCUAUUGCUUUUGUUCAAUGUUGGUGUCAACUCCAUCGCGUUGAUCAACAGUGGUAUUUUUGUCGAACAGUGCCGAACAAUUUUGAAAGAUACUAUCAAAUUGCUUACCAUUUUGAAGAAGGCUUCUGUGCGCAAUGAACAUGGCAAGCUUGUCAUGAAGGAGCGAUUCAAGAUGGUCAAAGAGUGUGUAUGGGCUCUCAAGAUGGCCAACAGGAUAUUGACUUUACGUUUAGAAGAAGACAUUAGAGCCUUGAACACAAUUGGAACAGACCAUGGUUCCUCAGAUGUCAACAAGCAAAUGUUCCUGCAAUUGGGAAUGAGUAACGAACAAGGAGAAGGACAAUCUCUACCAGAAAAAAGCAAGGACGAGUUCAAUGAACUCUUGGAAAAACAACUUCAUAGAGCUGACGAGCCUCAAGAAAUGGCUGCGAAUCCAGCGCCAAUGGCGGGAGAUAGCAUCACUCCAAGCUCGACUGCUUCCAUGGACUUUAGUCGUGGCGAUCCUACCUAUUCCGUUGAGCCUGGCGAAGUCGACAACCUCUUGAGCAACUUGCAAUGGUUCGAUCAGUGGUUGGACUUCAACUACGAUCUCUAA